AUGAAGCUCGAUACAAAAGCAAUCCGCUACCUUACCGGCGAUGAUUGGCGAGUACUGAACGCUUUCGAACAAGGGAGCAAGAACCAUGAGGUUGUGCCAGUACCUCUGAUCGAGAAGAUUGCUGGUCUCAGAAGUGGUGGAGGCGGCAUUCAAAGGAACAUUUCGAGCCUCGCCAAAGUUGGCCUCAUUGCGAAAGUCAAGAACGCACGGUAUGAUGGCUACCGCCUCACUUACGGCGGACUAGACUACCUCGCACUCAACGCACAUAGAAAGGCCAAUAUCAUCUUCAGCCUUGGCAAUCAAAUCGGUGUAGGCAAGGAAUCCGACAUCUACAUCACAGCAUCACCAGACGGCCGACAGCAGGUACUCAAGCUGCACCGUCUAGGCCGAAUCUCAUUCCGAACCGUCAAAGCCAAUCGUGACUAUCUUCGGAAACGGAGCACGGGAUCAUGGAUGUACCUUUCGCGCCUCGCUGCGCAAAAGGAGCACGCCUUUAUGCGCGUGCUGUAUCGAGAAGGAUUUGCAGUCCCAGAACCGCUUGCUUGGAGUCGGCAUACAGUGGUCAUGGAGUUCAUCGACUCUUUCCCAUUACGAAUGAUUGAUACCGUAGCAGAUCCGGGCAAGCUUUACGCUGAUCUGAUGGAUCUGAUCGUUCGCUUGGCUCAGCGCGGACUGAUACACGGCGAUUUCAACGAGUUCAAUAUCUUGAUCAAGGAGGAGGCACAUGGGGACAAGGUCAAAGUCAUUCCUAUACUGAUCGACUUUCCUCAGACUGUCAGCACGAAUCACGCAAAUGCCCAGUACUAUUUCGACAGAGAUGUGGCGUGCAUCAAGCGGUACUUUGCGCGAAGGUUCAAAUACACAUCUCACGAACCAGGGCCAUUCUUCGCAGACUCAAUCAGAGGCGUCGAGCCAGAACAAAGGCUUGACAUCGAAGUCGAAGCGAGUGGUUUCUCCAAGAAGAUGGGAAAGGAGCUUGAGCGCUUCGUCGAAGCUACAGGAAGUGAC